ACAAAAAAAAAAAAAAAAAAGUAUGAUAGAUGGUUAUUGAGACGAGAUAAAGAUCCAUGAUGAAACAUUAAUUCAAUAACAUUAUGGGUUGCACCUACAAGGCGUCUAGUUUCUUCUGGUCUUGGAAUAAAAUCUUAUCUACCUUUUACUAAGUCCAUUACAAGGGAGGGAGUGGUAGAAUUUGCUUCAUGAUGGGAGGGAUGAAAGUUUCUAAUUGCUUUCGGGUCAUCUCUGCACUUCAGAAUAGCUUUAUAAAAAAAUAUAAGAAAAUCAUUUCAAAUUUUUAUUUGUUUAAAAAAAAUUAUCUUAGGGUGAUGCUUUCUUUUACCAAACAUCAUAGUUUGUCUUCUAGCUAAUUGUUAUGAUAUUAACCAACCAAUAAUACUUUAUCUAGGUCUUUCUUGUAGAAAAAUCACAGUAGUUUAGCUUAUACAUCACCUUUUCCACCUAAAACAAGCUGAGUUUAGAUACACUGAAACUAAAGUGAAGAACUUUUCAAAGAGUUGACCAUAAGAAAAUCUAAUAUGUGAGGAUAGAAAAAUCAUUCUGAUAAGUAAACAAGACUUGGUUUUUUCUCAAUUAGGUCCUCACACUAACCGCGUUAAUCUCCCCCUCUUACAAAAAAAAAAACCAUUCCACAAAACACAACCAAACACUCACCGCCAUGAGAAGUCUUCUUCUCCCUCUUCAAUGGCAUUUAACUAUUACUCUCUGUCUCUCCUUCUCGUUGUCUCCUCUUCCUCCUCCUUACUCUGCUUCUCCUUGCCCACUGUCUCCAUCUCCCACACCUCUGAUCAAACCCUCGUAUGUGCUCUCACCAACACCUCUCAUCUCCAGUGCACCACUUUCCCACUCAAUCCCAUCCCGUUCUCUUUAACCGGUACGCUCCAAAACCGUAGAUUCUCAGGCGUCGUGUCUGGAAACGGGUUUGUCUGCGGUUUGAGAUCUCCCUUAGGUUCCAACGCUUCUACAAUCCUUUGCUGGAGAUUCUCCUCUAACGGAGCUAACAUGACGUACAAAAGAAUCUACAAAGGCCCUGCGCUCAAAGAGUUAGAAGCUAGCACUUCCCGUAUAUGCGGAGUUGAGAACGUCACGAACCGCACACGUUGCUGGCAGCCUGUCUCUCCUCGUCCACGGUUGGAUAACCACGACUCCCUCGCCCUCGGGGAGGACUUUCUCUGUGGCUUAUCCAAGCCACCUGGGAGAAUCAGCUGUGAAGGUGAAGGAAAUAUAACCAAGCCCCCGAGUGGGGACCGCUUCAUAGCCAUCGCGGCUGGGUCAAGCCAAGCGUGCGCCAUCACAGUAGACAGCGAUGUGGAGUGUUGGGGACAACAAACAUAUACCUCUCCGCCAAGUGAAAAAUUCUCAGCGCUUGCGGUCGGGGAAAACCGUAGCUGCGGUGUUAGAUGGGUUAACGGAACAGUAACGUGCUGGGGAAGUAACUACAGUUUACCUCGGAGACUUGAGAACGUUGAGUUCACAUCUAUUUACGCGAACGGGCUAAUCUUUUGCGGUGUGGUUAGAGAAAACUACACUCUCUAUUGCUGGGGAGAUGAUGAGAGUGUUUUCGCUCCGUUCCAAGACCAAACUGUACUUCCAGGACCGUGCCGAGAAGAAUGUCCUUACGGUCCAUUGUCAGGAUCAGAACCGUUAUGCGGUAAUGGAUUGAAGAUUUGUGAUUCUAUGAACAUAGUUCUCGUUCCGGAUACGCCACGUGGGGAACAAGACUCUAAUGACAAGACUUGGAGUAGAAAAAACAUUGCGUUUCUAGUGGUCGGAUGCGUUGGAACGUGUUCUUUACUCCUUGUUGUCGUAUUCUUGGUUUAUAAAAGUCACUGUCGAUGCCGUGUUCAUGACUCUGGACGUCUUGACGAUAAUAGGAUUAUUGUGGACGAAGAACCUAAGCUCGAGAAGAGGCUGAGUAGUUUAGCUAGUUUAUGCAACCACGGGCAGCUCGUGGAGUUCACUAUCGAGGAGCUGGCUCUAGCCACGGAUGGUUUCUCUCCCCGGUUCCAGCUAGGGAUAGGAAGCUUCGGGAUUGUUUACAAAGCUGUUUUGUCUGAUGGACGACUUGUCGCCAUAAAACGAGCGGAACUAACGAACCCUGCCUCGUCCGGGAUAACGAGAAUCCGAAACAGACGAGAGGACAACGACUCAGCGUUCGUCAACGAGCUAGAGUCUAUGUCGCGGCUCAACCACAAGAACCUCGUUAGACUUCUUGGUUUCUACGACGACGCGGAGGAGAGGGUCUUGGUAUACGAGUACAUGGCAAACGGGUCUCUCGCGGACCACCUUCACAACCCUAGACUCGAGCCUCUGACGUGGGAGAGACGCUUGGCGAUCGCUCUCGACGCAGCGCGUGGGAUACAGUACCUCCACGACUUCGCCGUGCCUCCGGUGAUCCACCGCGACAUAAAGUCGUCAAACAUACUGCUUGACGCCACGUGGACAGCGAAAGUGUCUGACUUCGGUCUCUCUCAGAUGGGUCCCACCGAGGAAGAGGACGUGUCGCAUCUCUCGUUGAGAGCCGCUGGUACGCUGGGGUAUAUAGACCCGGAGUACUACAGGCUCCAGCAGCUCACGACCAAGAGUGACGUUUACAGCUUCGGCGUCGUGCUGCUGGAGUUGCUGUCGGGACACAAGGCGAUACACAUGAACGAGGAAGAGAACCCAAGGAACGUGGUGGACUUUGUCGUGCCUUAUAUUUUGCAAGACGAGGUUCAUAGAGCACUUGACCGGAGGAUACCGCCGCCCACGCCGUACGAGAUAGAGUCCGUGGCGCAUGUGGGGUGCUUAGCGGUGGAGUGCGUCGUACCGUGUGGCCGGGAAAGGCCGUCCAUGGCGGAGGUAGCGAGUAACCUAGAGAAGGCUUUGGCUGCUUGUUUAGCAGCUCCACAGACCGAACCACUAUCAAGUUCCGGUAGUGAUUAG